AUGUUGGAUGGCCAACCGCGGGCAGCUGGGCAUGAUUCGCUAAUGGGUAAAAAUAACCCAACAACUGUAUUCUCAACGGCUGCUGAAAAGGAGAGGGUACCAAGAGUGGGUACCAACCAUAGGGCAUAUGAUUCGCUAAUGGGUGAAAACCCAACAACUCUACUUCCAACGGCUGCUGAAAAGGAAAGGACACAAAUUAAGGUAUUGAUACCAGAAUCAAAGUUCAAGAGAGAAUUUUUUGCUACUUUCACCACCCUAUUUUUCGCUUGGCUGGUUGGACCUUGCCAGGUGAAGGAAUCUGAGAUAGAAGGAAAAAUGGAGAAGAAUGUAGUUCACAUCCCCAAAUGCAGGCUCUUGGAGGAGAGCAAAUGUGUAGGGAUGUGCGUAAACCUGUGUAAGAUGCCAUCGCAGAAGUUUAUUAAGGAUUCAUUUGGAACUCCUAUCUAUAUGAAACCCGAUUUUGAUGACAUGAGUUGCGAAAUGUUCUACGGACAGGAUCCUCCCGCAGCAGUAGAUGAUCCAGCAACCAAGCAACCAUGCUAUAAGAUACUAUGCAUAGCAAAGCAAAAGCAAACUCGUGUUUGUUCCACUUCGUAA